UAUGCAACAUUUACAAGCAAUACAUUUCACCACAACGUUAUAAUUUAAUAAUCGAUAAACAAAACCAUCUAUAAGCUCUAGGGUGAAGAACAAAGCACACGAGAACAUAGAGAAAGAUGGGUGUAGACUAUUAUAAGAUCCUGCAAGUCGACAAGAAUGCAAAAGAUGAUGAUUUGAAGAAGGCUUAUAGGAAGCUUGCCAUGAAAUGGCAUCCUGAUAAGAACCCAAACAAUAAAAAGGAAGCUGAGGCUAAAUUCAAGCAGAUCUCUGAAGCCUAUGAGGUUUUAAGUGAUCCACAGAAGCGAGCCGUCUAUGAUCAGUAUGGUGAAGACGGGUUAAAAGGCCAAGUACCACCUCCAGAUGCCGGUGGACCUGGUGGAACAACGUUUUUCCAAACUGGGGAGGGUCCAAAUGUGUUCAGGUUCAACCCCAGGAAUGCUGAUGAUAUUUUUGCCGAGUUUUUUGGGUUUUCUAGUCCCUUUGGGGGGAUGGGAGGAGGCCCUGGCGGCGGCGGCGGCAGUGGGAUGAGAGGUGGUUCGAGGGCAUUUGGUAGCAUGUUUGGUGAUGAUAUAUUCAGUUCGUUUGGUGAAGGAAGACCAAUGAGUCAGGGUCCUCGUAAAGCUCCUCCGAUAGAGAAUACAUUACCGUGUAGCCUCGAGGAUUUGUAUAAAGGAGCCACGAAGAAGAUGAAGAUUUCGAGAGAAAUUGCAGAUGCUAGCGGGAAGACAUUGCCUGUGGAGGAAAUCCUGACAAUUAAUAUCAAGCCUGGUUGGAAGAAGGGAACAAAGAUUACCUUCCCUGAGAAAGGAAAUGAACAGCCGAAUGUAACCCCUGCGGAUCUUGUCUUCAUAAUCGACGAGAAGCCACACAGCACGUUUACGCGUGACGGAAAUGACCUGAUUGUCACGCAGAAGAUAUCUCUUGUGGAAGCAUUAACGGGUUACACCGUCCAUCUCACAACAUUGGAUGGAAGGAACUUGACAAUCCCCGUCACCAAUGUGAUCAGUCCCAACUACGAGGAAGUUGUCCCGAAGGAAGGUAUGCCGAUUCCGAAAGAUCCUUCCAAAAGAGGUAACAUGAGAAUCAAGUUCAAUAUCAAAUUCCCAACGAAAUUAACUGCAGAUCAGAAAUCCGGAAUCAAGAAGCUGUUAGCACCAUAAGCGUGGGCUGUCAUCACUGAUCAGUAGCAAAAUUAUGGGUUGAAACUCGUCAAUAUCUUCUACUCUCUUGAUAGGGAUGAACUUGGCGGAGUGAUUUGUAUUACUUGGUUUUGUGGUUUUCAGCAGUGCAUCUGAUGUUUAGAAAAAUAAAAGUUGUAAUCCAUUUAUAGCAUUGCAGAGAAGACAGUCGUGUAUACAGUAUAUUGAACUAUUUUGUAUUGUACCCCAUA